AUGACCCAGCGGUGGGGCCCCCAAAGGCUUGCAGGUGGACACCCGCAGCCCAGCUACGAGGACAGCACCCAGGCGAGCAUCUUCACCUACACCAACAGCAAUGCCACCAGAGGCCCCUUCGAAGGCCCCAAUUAUCACAUCGCUCCCAGGUGGGUGUACCACCUCACCAGCACCUGGAUGAUCUUCGUGGUCUUUGCAUCUGUUUUCACGAACGGGCUUGUGCUGGCAGCCACCAUGAGGUUCAAGAAGUUGCGUCACCCCCUGAACUGGAUCCUGGUGAACUUGGCAGUCGCUGACCUAGCAGAGACCAUCAUUGCCAGCACCAUCAGUGUCGUGAACCAGAUCUAUGGCUACUUCGUGCUGGGCCACCCUCUGUGUGUCCUGGAGGGCUACACUGUCUCCUUGUGUGGGAUCACGGGUCUCUGGUCCCUGGCCAUCAUUUCCUGGGAGAGGUGGAUGGUGGUCUGCAAGCCCUUUGGCAACGUGAGGUUUGAUGCCAAACUAGCCAUUGCAGGCAUUGCUUUUUCCUGGAUCUGGUCUGCUGUGUGGACAGCCCCACCCAUCUUUGGCUGGAGCAGGUACUGGCCCCAUGGCCUGAAGACGUCGUGUGGCCCAGACGUGUUCAGUGGCAGCUCGUACCCGGGGGUGCAGUCCUACAUGAUCGUCCUGAUGAUCACGUGCUGUAUCAUCCCGCUCAGUAUCAUCAUACUCUGCUACCUCCAAGUGUGGCUGGCCAUCCGCGCAGUGGCAAAGCAGCAAAAAGAAUCUGAGUCCACCCAGAAGGCGGAGAAGGAGGUGACGCGCAUGGUGGUGGUCAUGAUCUUUGCGUACUGUGUCUGCUGGGGGCCCUACGCGUUCUUUGCAUGCUUCGCCGCUGCCCACCCUGGCUACGCCUUCCACCCCCUGGUGGCUGCCCUGCCAGCCUACUUCGCCAAAAGUGCCACUAUCUACAACCCCAUAAUCUAUGUCUUUAUGAACCGGCAGUUUCGAAACUGCAUCUUGCAGCUUUUUGGGAAGAAGGUGGACGAUAGCUCUGAACUCUCCAGCGCCUCCAAGACAGAGGCCUCGUCCGUGUCUUCAGUGUCACCUGCAUGAGUGUCGCCCGGCCGCGGCGACAGCAAGGUCUGCUCCCGCCGGGAAACAUGACCCCUGCCCCCGCACCAGCACUUUCGCUGCCACCCCCCCCC